CAACCAAGAUGGAGAUGGAGGAACUAGUCGUCGCUGACUCCUCGAUGAAUUUCACCACAACUCCUCAACAGGCAUGUUCCAUGUUCAGAGACGAUCCACAUAAAUGUGAAAUCCUCAUUGCUGUAAAAAGAACAACUGCCUCCUUAUCCUUUCUAGGAUGCAUCUUCAUGAUAUCAGUGAUUGUAUUAUUUAGGAAAUAUAUAGUAUUUACACAGAGACUUAUCUUAUAUCUUAGUGUAGCAGCAUUUAUGGACAGUAUAGCUUAUAUAAUGGGAGACAUGCAUCCUGAUGGACCUUUAUGUGAUUUUCAGGCUUUCUUUAUGACUCUCUUUGACUGGUCAGUCCUGCUAUGGGUAUGUGCUAUAACUCUCAAUCUUGCCAUGCUGGUGAUAGCCAUGAAGAAGACUGAGAAAUAUGAAUGGGUAUAUCAUAUAGUGUGCUGGGUUAUACCUAUCAUAAUUUCUUGCCUGCCUUUUGCUGGAGAUAGAUAUGGACCAUCAGGAGCUUGGUGUUGGAUCACAGAGUGGCCUUGGAGGUUUGGCAUCUGGUAUGUACCUCUAUUCCUGAUCAUUGCCCUGUUGUUUGUGGUCUAUGUCUACAUUACGGUGGUAGUCAACAGGAGAGUCCACACCUGGGAGGGCACUUAUGACCCUGAUGUGGAGAGAAAUAAGCAAAUGCUGAAAGAAGACAUUAAGCCACUGAGAGGGUAUCCAUUUGUUUACUUAGCUGUUAGCAUCUUUCCACUUAUAAACAGGAUUCAGAAUGCUGUAUCUUCAGACCACCAGCCUGUGUUUGCACUGUUAAUACUCCAUGUCAUCUCCUCACCACUUCAUGGUGCCUUAAAUACAGUUGUGUUUGGAAUGGACAAGGAUACAGUGUCCAAACUGACUCCCAGUCAAAUAAAGUUGGCUAUCCAGAGCUGGAGAGCAGGCAGGUCCAUCAUUGAAGAGUUUCCUACAGAAACUGAGUCUCCCGAUGCCGACCCUGAUGACGUCAACCCCAGUGUCAACCAAGAGCAAUGACGGUUACUUCCACUGGAACCAUAGAAGGAUCAGUAGACACAAAAAACAUGAAAGUGCUGUGUGGUGUGAAAUCUGUGGUAAAUGUCAGGUUUAUUAUUUGAAAAGUUGGAUGAUAGAAAGAUUGACUUUGAUUUUGUUUAAUUCAUGAACUCUCCUCACUAUUCCAGAGAUUGUGUUAUAGUUGUGUCCACCAGAUGGCAGUGGUGCACAAGAUGAAACGUUUCAAAAUUUUUGUCCCGUAUUAUGAAGUGUUCAGUGUGGCAAACCUAGGUAUACACAAUUUUCUGUAGCAUUUUAAUAUCACGAACAAAAGAAUUAUUUUAUGCUUUUCAUAUCUCGACAUUUGCGAGCUUAUUAAUAUGCUUGAUGAUGCUUAUUUUGAAAAAGAACAAGACAUUGUGAAGAAUACACUUGUGGAGAAGCUAUUAUGUAUAUUGAUAUUUGAUGUAAAUUUGCCAGAAGAUGAACAAACAAUAGGAAUAUUCUGCUCAGUAGUGCGUCUCAGUGUGAGAUCUUUUGUAAUAGAAGGGUAAAAUCUGUGUGCAGUUGUUUUUGGCUCUCAUACUGUGUUCUAGUACUUUGAGAUCUGCAGGGUACUUAAAUCAAAUUUGUCACAUUUUGAUUGUUCUUUUCACACUUAUCACAUCUUAAGAUUUACCAGUGACAGUAAAGCAUAUGGUCCCACAAUUCAGCACAUAUUAUGUAGAAUCCUUCUAUUUCUUCAGUGAGUUAGUAAUAUAUAUGUCUGUUCACAAACAUGAGAUGGGUCACCUAGAAUUGGAUGGCAUUGAGGCAUGUGGCAAUACCUUGGCCAAGUUUCACAAAUUAACUUUGACCUAUAACUGUUCUAAACUUUGAUGCCAUAGUUUGACCUUUGACAUUUAUCAGUUCAAGAUGA